UGAUCAUGUGAGGCUCCGAUUUUUUAUGGUUUUUGACACUUGCUGACAGAUAGUAAUCGAUAGUAAAUUACAUUUUCCCUAAUAAAAUAAUAAAAAUCUAUCGAAAUGGCUUGCAAAUUCUGUGGCCCUAAACUUUCGCUGGUCGGAGUAGUCCUCAGUGUAUGGGGAAUCAUACAACUGACUUUGAUGGGCGUAUUCUACGCUAUUAAAUCAGUCGCUCUUCUGGAAGAUCUUCCACUUGGUGGAGGACAUGCAGACAUCAAUGAAUUUAUUGGAGAAGUUGAAACUGGAUAUACUCAGAACUCACACAACUGUUGGAUUGCUGCCCUACUGUAUGUCAUCACCUUGGUAAUAUCUGGUCAUCAGUUCUGGUUGAACAACCGCUCUUCAGUUAGCAUGUAAAAGAGGGUUCACGAUCCUGUUUACCUCCAUUCCAUUAUUUGAAUUUACCACAAAAGUAUUGUACUUAUCUUUAAGGCAUUAAUAAAUAGUAAUGAAAAACAAAUUUUGCUAUCCUCCACAGCAUGCUAAGUGUUUGUAUUUGAACAUUGUCAACACAACUGUCUCUCCUGAGAAGUCAAAAUGGAGUAUACUGUAGUUUCACAGUGAAAGUUGUAGUGUUGGUUUGGUCCUCACAGAUUUAUUGUUAUGUAGAGAACAGCAAGUUAAAUUUGUAUUUCAUUGCUCAAGAACCACAAUAAAGUAAAGCCUAUUGAUUCAUUGUUGAAGAAUGAAACAACUGAAAUAAGAAUUAACAGUGAAACCAACAAUCUUAAAUCAGCCAUUGUUAUAUGAGUGCUAUGUAAAAGAAAAAGAAAAAUGAUUGUUAUUUAAAUGUUUUUAAAGAUAGGUACAUUAUUUUUUGGACUAACAAAUAAAAAUAUAGUGUGCAUAUGAGAAAUAUUACAGCACAAUAUUGUUUUUAGCUCUAUAAAAUACUAUUUAAAUAGGUCAACAGCUAAAAUUGGUAAAAUACCACUAAUUUGUAUAAUCAGAGCAUCCAACUUGUUAAUUUUCCUCAAGGAUUUAUCAACCUUGUGUAUCAACACAAAUGCAGAAUUCUUUUUAUUUAUUAACAUGUGUGCCGUUUAUUAUUAUUAUAAAUAAAAUCUUGACUUAUAAAAUAUCACAAAAAUUGUGUGAAAGUAUUAUGUUUUAAUGAAUGUUGGCUAUAUAAAAUAAUAUAACUUAUUAUAAUAGUAGGUACAAUGUAAAAUGGUUCUAUAGUUUUCUUGAAUUAAAUAUUAAUGUUAUAUAUAU